AUGCGAGAGAUCGUGCAUCUUCAGGCGGGCCAGUGUGGCAACCAGAUCGGGGCCAAGUUCUGGGAAGUUAUCAGUGAUGAGCAUGGCAUCGAUCCUACCGGAACCUACCAUGGAGACAGUGAUCUCCAGCUGGAGAGAAUUAAUGUCUAUUAUAAUGAGGCUACAGGUGGCAAGUAUGUGCCUCGUGCUGUCCUCAUGGAUUUGGAACCUGGUACUAUGGACUCAGUUCGCUCUGGUCCCUUUGGGCAGAUUUUCAGACCAGAUAACUUUGUGUUUGGUCAGAGUGGUGCUGGUAACAACUGGGCCAAAGGACAUUACACUGAAGGUGCUGAACUGGUUGACUCUGUUCUGGAUGUGGUGAGGAAGGAGGCUGAGAGCUGUGAUUGUCUCCAGGGAUUUCAGCUCACCCAUUCACUGGGUGGUGGUACUGGUGCUGGCAUGGGCACACUCCUCAUCAGCAAGAUCCGUGAAGAAUACCCGGACAGAAUCAUGAACACAUUUAGUAUUGUACCCUCACCAAAAGUGUCGGACACUGUAGUAGAACCUUAUAAUGCCACUCUCUCUGUUCAUCAGCUUGUGGAGAACACUGAUGAGACUUACUGUAUUGAUAAUGAGGCACUGUAUGACAUCUGUUUCCGUACCCUUAAACUGACAACUCCCACUUAUGGUGACCUGAACCAUCUUGUGUCAGCGACCAUGAGCGGUGUAACAACCUGUCUGCGUUUCCCUGGUCAGCUGAAUGCUGACCUGCGUAAACUAGCAGUGAACAUGGUCCCCUUCCCCCGUCUGCACUUUUUUGUGCCAGGUUUUACUCCUCUGACCAGCCGUGGCAGUCAGCAGUACCGUGCCCUCACAGUACCUGAGCUUACCCAGCAGAUGUUUGAUGCCAAGAAUAUGAUGGCUGCCUGUGACCCUCGACAUGGCCGCUACCUGACCGUUGCUGCUGUAUUCCGGGGUCGCAUGUCCAUGAAAGAGGUGGAUGAGCAGAUGUUGAAUGUACAGAACAAAAACAGUACUUAUUUUGUUGAAUGGAUUCCCAAUAAUGUUAAGACAGCUGUCUGUGACAUCCCACCUAGAGGCCUCAAGAUGUCUGCCACCUUCAUUGGCAACACAACAGCCAUUCAGGAACUGUUUAAACGCAUCUCUGAGCAGUUUACUGCCAUGUUCCGGAGGAAAGCUUUCUUGCAUUGGUACACUGGUGAGGGCAUGGAAGAGACUGAGUUCACUGAGGCAGAGAGUAAUAUGAAUGACCUGGUAUCUGAGUACCAGCAAUACCAGGAUGCCACGUCUGGAGAGGAGGCUGAAGAAGAAGAAUUAGGCGGAGAAGAAAAUUAAACUAUAUAUUGUGUAUUAUCUACAAAGCUUCUGAUGUGCAUGUUCUCUUUUGCCAUUCUGCUCUUUCUUGUUUUGAUAUCAAAUGCUACUUUGUAAGGGAAUAAAUUUAAAUAAUUGCAAUGCAGUUUUGUUGGAGUGUUGUUUUCAAAUUUUGAACCCAAUGUGUUUGUAUUAUUUAAUGAGAGAUCUUCAACCCCAGACAGAUAGUGAUCCAUUUGAUCUAUAAAAUGUAUAGUAGUUAAGUGAAGAUAUUUUAAUUAUAUAACGAUUGGUGCAACGUAAAGAAAAGACUUUUAAUGAGAUACGUACAGAUAUUAAAUAAUUAGAAAAUUAUUAUUCUGUAUCUUAAUAAAAAUCUUCAGUUGAUCUUCUGGUCUACAAAACCUUACUUCCUGCUUUCACACAUUUCCAUUAUAAAUUCCCAAUAUCUCUAUUGUAAUGGAAAUUGCCUAUGUAAACUCAGCACUUGUAAUUGCAUAAUAUGGCCACUGGGUUACUUUUUCCACAGGCCCUGCUAAAUGCUUUCUAGACAUUUGCCACGAACAUUUUUGAUCCACUAUUUUCAUUCAAUAGCUGAAAUUUCUAUGUCCAAAGUAAUGGUUAUACUAAAUAUAUAUUUUUAAUGGCAUAAUUUGUGAUUAAAAUGUAUCCAUUGAAUUGU